GGUUUGUUUACAGGUUAAGUUCUUUUUAAAAAUGGCUGCCUAGCGUUAACAUAACACGAACUUGAACUUUGUUUCCUAUUUCCCUAAGAUGCCUAAGACAGGAAGCUUCGCCUCACGAGAGUUGAAAAAGCAUGGCUGGAAUCAUGGGCAAGGCCUUGGUAAGCUUCAAAAUGGAAUGAAAGAAGCCAUUAAGGUAAAAGUAAAGAAUAAUACUAGCGGAUUAGGACAUGAUCACGGAGCUGAGUUUACUUUUCACUGGUGGGAUCACGUAUUUAACAAAACAGCCAAUUCCAUAAAGGUGACUUCAGAUGAAGAUGGUGUUAAAAUUGAAAAAGAUAAAGAUUGUGAAAAGAUUAAGCCUGUUUUAAUUUCUAAUAAGAAACCAUUAAAGAGUUGUUUCGCUGGCAAACCUCUGCUUUACGGUACUUUUGUAAAAUCUGGUACUUUUAAUGCUAGUGACGGUGUACCAAGCAACGAGGAGGAAAGUGAAAGUAGCUCAGAUGAGGAAGAUAUGAAUGCUAAAGAUACACUUGAAAAAACAUACAAACUGACAGGUCUAACUGGGCAUAAGGCAGCUAGGCAUGGCCACAAGUUAAGUGGGAAAUUGAAACGAAUACAAGAGCAAGAAAAAAAUGAUGAUUUAAUUUCGAAAGACAGUACAUGUAUUGUAGCAUUGAGGGAUCCUGGAUCAGGAAAGAUAGGUGAUAAAACAAAAGAACACUCCAAAAAAAGAAAAACUACUGAUGAGGGAGAAAAUGAUUUGGAACAUUCAGUAAAGAAGUUAAAAAAGAGAAAGAAAAAAGAGAAAGUAGAAGAAAAUAAAGAUAGAAGGGAUGAAAUGGUAGUAAAGAGAAAAAAGAAGAAAAAGCACAAAGAUAGUGAUAUAACAUGACGCGAAAUUAAAUACUUCACAUAUAUGUAGAAAUAUUUUGUCAUGAUUCUAAUGUAAAAAAAUGAAAACAAAA